AUUAGCGAGACUGUUGGAAUUUAACAAGCCUUUAAUUAGAAAUUGUAGCCCCAUCUCCAUCAUUAGGGGUGUUCUAGGCAUAUAAAGCAUACGAGGGCAACAGUCAUGAUGGCAACUAACAGCUAUCAAGACUUAUAUACAGACUUUAUUUAUUGGUUUGUUCGUUUAUUAAUAAUUAUUUACAACAGUAUUAAUAGUAAUGAUUUAUGCAGCACUUUUCAAAACUCAGAUGCUAACAAUAUUCAAUAAUGCAAAACGGCACAGAUAUGUGCUACGCGUGAUGAGUGAUGAAGUAAUGCAGCAUACGAGUCAUAAAUGGAUAAAGCAGAAUGAACAGGAAAAAAGCAGAGUGGUGGGAGCUAGAAACUGUGGGAGAACCAGAAGGUUUUAAAGUGAGAUUUGAAGACUGGGAGAGAUGGGGAGUUAGAUAUCAUGAGGAUGGAAAGCAAUUCCAAGGGUAAGAGGCCACUCCAGAGAAAACUCGGUCACCACAGCUGUGGAGUUUGGAAAGUGGAAGACCUAAGGGGGCUAAAAGGGCAAGAGAAGAUCAUGCAAAGAGGUGGAGCAAGGGGAUAUACACCCACUGACCACUUUAUGAGGUAUACCUGUUCAACUGCUUGUUGAAGCAAAUAUUACCUCAAACGUAGCAUAAUUUAUGAAGUCAUUCAGAUGCAAGUCAGAAGCUUCUAUUAAUGUUCAUAAUAAGUAUGCGAAUGUGGAUGAAAAGGUGAUUUAAGUGACUCAUCCUGACACGGUUGUUGGUCCAAGGUGGGCUGGUUUGAGUAUUUUCGAAACUGCUGAUCUACUGGGAUUCUCAGCACAACAUCCAUCUCUAGGGGUUACAGAAAGUGGACCAGUGAGUGGCACUUCACUGAGUGAAAAUGCCUUGUCGGAGUUGAACGGAAAGAUUGGUUCAAGCUGAUAGAAAGGCAACAGUAAGUUAAAUAACCAUUUAUUACAACGAAGGUAUGCAGAAGAGCAUCUCCGAAUGCACAACACAUUUAACUUUGAAGCAGAUGGGCUUCAGCAGCAGUAGAUCACACCGGGUACUACUCCUGUCAGCUACAAACAGGAAUCUGAGGCUACAGCGGGCACGGGCUCACCAACAAUGGAAAAAUGACUGGAAAAAUGUUUCAUAGUCAGAUGAGGUGCAGUUUCUGCUCCAACAUUGAGAUUGUAGGGUCAGAAUUUAUCACCAAGAACAUGAAAGCACAGAUCUGUUCUGCAUGGUAUCAAAAAUUCAUGCUGAUGUAAGGGUGUGGGUGUUAUUUUCUUGGCAAACUUUGGCCCCAUUAGUACCAACUGAGCAUUGUUUAAAUGCCACAGCCUACCUGAAUAUUGUCGCUGACCAUGUCCAUCCCUUUAUGAUCACUGAGUACCCAGCGCCUAAUAGCUGAAAAAUUUGCAGAAACUGCAUGACACUAUCAUGUCAAAAUGGGACUGAAGUCUCUGUGGAAUGUUUCAGGCACCUUGUUGAAUCUGUGCCACAAAGCAUUAAGGUACUUCUGAAGGCAAAGGGGGUCCAACCUCGGACUAGCAAGGUGUACCUAAUAAAGUGGCCAGUGAGUGUAUGUCUCAAACUGUGCUGAUGGCUUGACUACAGACUCAAUACUCCAGUUUCUUGCUUUGCAGGCGUCUUUUAUUUAUAUUCUGUGAGCUAAAUUCAGUAUUUUAUUGGCACAUUAAAUUGUGUGGACAAUUUAGUACAUUGUGCAUGCAAUAAAAAAGGAAAAAACUCUCCAUGGCCACUCGAGGGCAACUACCAUGUAUUGUCAUACAGACACAUAAAGAUAAAAUACUGCUGGCCAGAUAAUUUUUUGACUGCAGACACAAGCACCAUUUAGUCUGCCUGAUGACUGAAUUCACGCUCAUGAAUAGUUGAACAUCAUUAAUUGUGCUCCUUUUCAGAAAUAACACACACGCAUUUGGUAUCUGGCAUUGUGGAGGCUCUCCAUUCAUUUCAAUCGGCCUAACCCUAUUCGCAGCUAUGAUAACCUUAGCCAUAAAUAACCAAACAGAAUACAAGACUUGUAUUUUUAAGAGUUUUUUAAUUGUGUUCAUAGAUUUUUUUUUUCUAUAAAAUUAAGUUUAAGCAGUGUCCAUGAACCUGGGGGUUAUGGGUCUUGCCCCAGGGCCCACGGACAUGUGACUGUUCUGCUGAAGUCAGGCUUGAACUGGCACCUUCCAAUUGCAGGAACUGAUUUUACCCCCCCACACACACAUACAGAUUAUAUACAGUUAAGCAAAGCUUGGGGUCCAAAUGCAGGGUCAGGCCAUCUGUCUGCUGACCCUGGAACACUUAGUUUGACUUGUGUUAAUGAAACCAGAUCUGCGCCUAUUUUACCACCUCUGACUUUAACUAGGGCUUAGUAACAUGAUAAAUAUGAUACAAAAAAAAGUGGGGAGGGCUGGCAAUGAAAAAAAAAUACAAACUUUAUUUUGUAAUAACCCCAAAAUCAUCUCGACCCACAUUUUGAGAAUCACCGACCUGUGCAAUGUUCCUGAGAAGUUCGCAAAAUCAUCCACAGAAUGCAUUUAGAUGACAGAUGGCUUUGUUCACAAGACGGUGGCUGCAGCCUCAGUUUUUGGCCUAUGGUGCCAUCUGUUGCUGCAGUUACAAUUGUGGGAUGAUAUCGGGUCUCUCAGGUAUAGAUUUUCAUCCAUAUAAUGCUUUGUGAAAUGGACAAUAAUAUCCAUUAAAGAUCAGAUGGAGUUAAUAAAGUAUUAAUAUGAAAUGGAGUUAUUCUGUUCACAAAGCUGAGCAUCUUCUCUGAAUCUCCCUUCCCUUCCUUGUCACUAAGCCUUGUUGCCUCAGUUUUGGAGCAAUUUUUUUUUCCAGAUCUCGAUCUUUAUAGCAUGUCUGCAAAGGCUGGGAAAGAGCUGUCAAAUAUUUUCUGAGUUGUGUUAAAAGGAUCAAGUGUGUGAAACAGCCCUUUUCUUAUCAAAACGAUACUGCUCACAGUACAUAUGCAGACCUUUCUGAUUGGCUUAGAAAUGGCCGUAUUAACAAGAAGACCAAAUUCAAUUAUUGAUCAUUGUGUGGUUGUUGUGCAUAAAUAGUUUCUCAAAUUUACAAGCAAACUGAGAGUGGGAAGUAACCUGCAUAGGUCUUUCUACUGCUUUCCCUUUAUAUCUGUGGUUUGCUUGAUGGCUUGAUGGAGAACUGUCAUACAAUCAGAUGCUCACAAGGUGGCAGCAAAAUAGAAUUCACUCAGUGCACGAACAUUGCAUUGUCAUGGUCCAGAGGGUAGGUGUGGGAGAAAGAUGGGUUUCACGCCUCCGAACCCCAGUAGUUCUAACAUUUUGCAAAGCGGUGCCUGGAAGUCUUCUCUCUUGCACAGACGAAAUGGGAAUACUAAAUGCAAUGGCAAUAUGGAAGUCAAAAUUUAUAGAAAUGAAAUAUAUUUUUCUGCUCCCUCUUUCUAUUCCUUUUGUAUUAUGUCAAUAACCUCUAAUUACUGGCCAUGUUUUCCAGGAGAUUGCUGUGCUGUGGCUUCCGAUUACAACAACAUUAUUAUUAUUAUUGUUGUUGUUGUUAUAUAUUUGGAUAUUUGUAACACAUUUGCAAUGUGCCACACAGUAAAAAACUGUUAAAACAAAUGACAGAUAAUUAAUUAAUUGAACUUUCAGUCCUGUACGCAUAUCUUUCCUAUUCAUAAUAUAUAUAAAAGUAGGAUUAGUAAAUUCCUUCCGAAUUCCAGCACAUACAGGAUACCAUUCAUUCACGGUGCCAAAUCAGAGAUGCUAAUUAGCUUAACGGUAUAUCUUCAGGCUUCAGGAGAAGAAAAUGCAGGUUCCAUACAAAAAGGGGCAGCAGGAGGUGUGAAGCACGAGUGAUACCCACUGAGGCAGGAUGUCACCCUCUAGUUGGAAAAAUAUUCUAUUAAUCAGCAAAGUAUGCAUAGGCAAAUUCUAUAAAGGAUUAAUUUCUCAGCCAAUCAUUCGCAGAACCUCAGUGAAGCAAUCUAAAACCACCAGAUCUCUAUUUUUUAAUCAGUCUUCACUCCAUAGCCAAGUUUACAGUAAAAACCGCAUUUUAUAAUCUAAAAAUGUCUUUUUUACCAGGGAAAAAUAUGGUCUAUAUAAAUGUAACUGCCAGAUCAGUCAUGCGGCACAGUUGGACUGUAGGUUACAGAACUGCAGUAGUAAUCUUUUGUGUAACCCUGUAAAAGUGCAGUAGUCUGCCCUCUGUUUAUCGUGGAGCUCUGGCUGAGUUUCAUGUAGCUUAUUCUGCAAAAUUCUCAUAAAGAACUACAGCAGGUUAGCAUACAUUUUAAAAAGCACUCAAUCUACAAAAUACAUUUAAAAAGAUACUUUUUGAAGAUGACCAUAUGAUAUGAUGUUGAGCUCAAACCAGUGGUCUGUGCUACGAAGCGGGCUUUCUGGCUUAUCGCGGUAACUUGUCGGAUUUAAGGUACCGCACUUUAAAUGGACUUCAUAUUCGUUCACUUACAUUUUGGCCAGACUUCCUUAAAUCCGACAAGUUACCCCGAUGAGCCAGUAAGCCCGCUUCUUAGCACAGGCCACAGGUGUCAACAUCAUUUUGACGACACUGUGAUCAAAACCGAAUUUUUAACACGGACACGGUAUUUAAACACAUAGCGUACACAGCUUUUUAACCACAGAUACAUUUGUCCUUGUAAGGACAGGCUUUUCAUCCCUGACUUAAACUCUAAAAACAAAACAAAUGCCCGCCUGAUGCCCUGCCGUGCGACCUGGUCCCAUCUGCCCACCCACCACUCCACCCUCAUACACCUGAGAGCCCAGACAGUCAGCGUCUCCGACAUUUUAAUGCGCAGACACGUGCUGGCAGUACUGGAGUGCUGGACGUGGGGAUUAGGCCAAGCGGGGGAGGAGGUGCUCGCGGCCAGCAUCUCAUGCACUCACACAAAUACUUCAGCGUCGGGGGCUGGCCCACUUGAAGAUGUUCUCGCGCACACAUGCGCACACUCUCACACACGUGCGUGCUCCUCCAAACACAGCAGAUAUUACACACAAUUGGAAACGUUUUAUCUUUGUCUCUUCCAACCUUCUCGCUCCCUCUCUUUCUCGCCCUUGGUCCUGAUUCGAUUUUCCGCUCUCUACAUGCACACCCUCACGCACACGCCGCAGCAGACAUGCCGGCGAGCAGGUGCACGUAUGCGCUCGGACACGCGCGCACGGUAAGUCCUCUCCGUGCUGCCCUUUUGCGGCGUGUGUCAUUGUGACACACGCACAGCUGCGAGACACGCAGACAGGCACGGCGUCGUGGUGGCGAACGGGAGAGGAGCCCGAUGGAGCGUAGCGGCGAGCUGGCAUGCAGGCUGCUGAGCGAUUGGCACCUUGGAGCUGAGCUCUGCUGGCGGAUGAGUGUUUGAGUUUGUGUGCAGAGCGGCGAGAGAAACUCCUCGCAUCCCCUCUGGUUCGCUUCCUCCCCUCUGACAGGAGAGCCCUUCUUAUUAGCCUUCAACCAUUGCCCUCCAGACCCGGAGUUAAGGGACUAUCUGAAGAUGGCUGAGCCCAGCUUCCCCAAAGGGCCUGUGGCGGCAGUUACGAAGUCCAGUGGAGGCGGGAAUCACAACAGCAGCUUUGCUUACGCAGGGGCCCAUGGAGUGUGGGACCUCAGUGGCAGUGGGUUGUGGCUUUUGGCUGCUGUGCUCGUCCUCAUCAUCGCAGUGACGGCGUGUGGCAACGUCCUACUCAUCGGGCUGGUUUUGGCUCACCGCACGCUCCGCUGCACCUCCAACUGUUUCCUGGUGUCGCUUUUCCUGUCUGACCUCAUGGUGGCGCUGGUGGUGAUGCCUCCGGCGGCUCUGAAUGCGCUGAGUGGUGCCUGGAUGCUCUGGCCGCCCUUCUGCCCCGUGUGGCUCUGCUUCGACAUCAUGUGCUGCAGCGCCUCCAUCCUCAACUUGUGCCUGAUCAGCCUGGACCGCUACCUACUCAUCAUCUCGCCGCUGCGCUACAAGCAGCGCAUGACACCGAUGCGCGCCUUACUGCUGCUGGCUGGGGCCUGGGCGCUGGCCGCUCUCACCUCCUUCCUGCCAAUCGAAAUGGGCUGGCACAGCCUGGGCCGUGCCGCCCUGCCGGAGCUGGGCGUCCUCCGCCUCGGCAUCACCCCCUGGAGUUCCAGCACCGCGCCCACCCAGUGCCGCCUCCGCGUCAGCCUGCCCUUCGUGCUGGUGGCGUCCUGUCUCACCUUCUUCCUGCCGUCGGCGGCCAUUUGCUUCACUUACUGCCGCAUCCUGCUGGCCGCAAAGCGCCAGGCCCGGCGCGUGGCUGCCCUGACACACCCCCACCACCUACACCAUUCCCCUGGGGGGGUGUCUCGCCCAGCCUCGCCCGCACAUGCCCCCGUGGAUGGGGACUACUGCAGCCAGCAGGAGGUCCCUGCAGCUCGCCUGGCGCAGUCUUCAGUGAGUCAGGAGCGCAGGAUGGCUCACCGGCAGGGCCGCCGAGCGCUGAAGGCCAGCCUAACCCUGGGGGUUCUGCUGGGGCUCUUCUUCAGCACCUGGCUGCCGUUCUUCAUCACCAAUAUGGCACAGGCGGUAUGCGAGUGUGUGCCUCAUGCGCUCUUCGACGCCCUCACAUGGUUGGGUUACUGUAACAGCACCAUGAAUCCUAUCAUCUACCCACUCUUCAUGCGAGACUUCAAGCGUGCCCUGGCUCACCUGCUGCCUUGCUGCUCCUCCCAGUCCCCCCGGCGACCCUCACCGCCCCUCUCCCUCUCUUUGCGCAACUCGGGGGAGCCCCAGCUCCCCACGGAGCCCCCAUCUCUGACUUCAGAUGCCCCUCAGCCCCCUGCUACAGCUACGGAUGCCGUCAACCUGGUUGAUGCAGAGCACGCUCAGAACCAGCUGCCACUGCUCUUGCCUAAUCAGGUGGAUACGCUGGACUGAAGGAGUGUAGGGGAAAACUACAAAAGGAACACAUCGAUUACAUAGGGCAGUGUUUCCCAAACUGGUCCUCGGGGACUGCAGACAGUCCACGUUUUUGCUCCUUCUCAGCUCCCUACCAAAAAUGCGGACUGUCUGACAGGGAGCUGGGAAGGAGUAACAACUUGGACCCUCUGAGGGUCCCUGAGGACUUGGUUGGGAAACACUGGCAUAGAAAAUUAGCGGGGGAGAAUAGGGCUCAUUUUGACGACACCACUGGAAUGACUGUGACUGCUCCUGGAAUGGCUAAUUAGUCAUAACUUAAUUAUGUUUUUAAACCAUUUUCUUUUAUCUUCCACUACAUAGAAGCAUCUCCAAUGCAUACAGAAAACAAGUAAAUGAUUCAUGUUGUUUUGUCUGCCUUGUUUUGUCUUGGCAAUGUCCCGAUUUGUUGGGAGCUGUGUUGCUGAUGAAGGGCUCUCGUUCUGGAUCAGAUGCAAGUGUUAUUAAAAGAUGCCAUUUACAGACCAUAGCAUAAAUUAUUAUGGAUGAGUUUGUGUUACAUACAACACAUUAUAUCCUUGAUUUAAGAAAGUGUAACUAUUAAUGGACAUCUGUCCCACAGAGAAGCCUGAUUUCUAAUGAAAACCUGCUUUACAGAAAGUAAUAACUGCUACACAAAAUACUUGUAUCAUUUUAUGUCUUGAAUUCCUCAUUCAACAUCUAUUUAAACAUAUUAAUGUAGGCCUGUUUUAUGCUGAUCUGCAUAGUACUGCUAAGCUUUUUGAGGAUGUAUAUAUGAAGUGUAUUAACUCAUCUGUGUGUUUAAGCUUAUAAAUUGCAGACAUUUUCACAUUUAAAGAGUAAGUGACACUA